UCGCCUUCGCCAUCCUGCCCACAGUACAAUUUUCCAUCGACAUAUAAAUUGGCAUCCAUCGCCUUCGCCAUUCUUCCCACAGCACGACUUUCCAUCGACAUAUAAAUUGGCAUCCAUCGCCUUAUUUGAAUUAUUCGUUUCGCCGAUGCCACCCAAACAGUUUACGCAACCAAACCCUCUCUACUCUCGACCGCGCAGUCGUCCACCGCAUCGCCGACAUAUCGCAAUAUUUCCUGCAGUCAAGCGCCAUACCACUACCGCAAGUCAUUUCCUGCACUUCAGUUACACCUAGAGACCAUGUGCAACGAGGUCUAUCUCAAAUUCCGGGGAUGCGGCCACCGAGUAUGGCAGAACACAUUCGCCUGCGAUAUCGCCAGGAGAGGCGAUCCCAAAAAUGACAUGGUUCUAGACAAGACCAAGUCCCUACCAGAUAAACGACCCAAGCUGCCUCCUGGGAUGCUGUGCGAACGCCGCAAGUGUGUGAGGCCAACGGAUGCCCCAUGCCCGUUGUGUGCUGAGGACAAAUCCAACGGCAACGCACCAGGUAAGAGUGCUCGGGUCCUCGAGACCAUACCAGAGCACGUGGACGGGGCAUAAGGAUAAAGACAAAAAACUUACACUGGGGAUAGAACAAAGGCUCGCCAGCCCAUCGCCCGAUGAAAAAGCUGUCGAGAGAGUGCGCGACUCGCUGAUGCUCCUGGAGCAAUUCCGGAAGCCGGAUUGAAGAAUUCCACGCGUGCUCCAGAUCCCGGGGUAGCCAUUAUUCGUUAUUUUUGGGAAGGUAUUAAUGAUAGACGGAUCAAGCUUAGGCGACGACUAUAGAGUAAGGGGGCGCAUUUGCUGUUCUCUUGGCCAAACCUUGGCUUCCCUGUUGAAGCACCAACACACCGUAGGGAGCUCUACACAACGUCUGGAAAUACAUUAUUACCUAAUAUCCAAGGAAUAUCGGUGUGAAAUUGGGGUUUGCUGUGCAGAUAUUGACUAGCUCGAGGGCUUCGUCUUGAUACAGACGUGUGUCCGUCUAGUAGUAGUUCACGAUAAAGGGGGCCAGUAAAUAAGUUACCUAGCUCGAUAGCAUGGCCAUUGGUAAUUCGUAUUCUUGAUAAAUGGAUAAUUAUAUUCCUAAUAGCUUGUAGACAUAACCUUACAGUCUAUAACUUGUCGUCCGUAUGAGGUAUGUACGAUGUUGGAGCGUUACGUAUGUAGUCCUGGUUCGCGGUUUGCGGUUUGC